UCGAUUCGUAGUAAGAUCAUCAGCGUCCUCCCCUUUCCAGAACAAGCUUUGACGGACCAAAGACGAAUAGUCUAUAUGCAACUGUGUUUACGCCACAGUUUGGCGCCCUAAUCUAUCGCUUUUUUAGUUAAUUUAUCUUACACGAAGUCCGGGUUGUCUUACUGGUGAUAAGGGCGCAUUUGUCAAAGUAUCCGAUGAUAAAUAUCAAUGGAAAUACAGCAAAACCCGAUGCCUCCAUAGAGCUGUCUCGGUGCCAAGAACUGGUCCUCUGCUGAUUUAGAAAGACAGAGAGGACACUUUUGGAAAUCUAGCAAUGUGGAGCUGCAUGGUUUACAAUGAGACAAACGACAGCGUGGACCUCCGGCUCUGCCAGGACCUUGGACUCAUUCUGUCCGUCUUCUCUCUGGUGUACCUCAUUGUCUGCUUUCCAGUAGGGUUUUGCUACAAUGUCCUGCUGGUGGUGGUCAACCUUUCCAACAAGGUUACCAUGACCAUGCCUGAUGUCUACUUUGUGAACAUCGCCAUCGCUGGCCUGGUGCUCAACCUGGUGGCUCCGGUGGAGCUGUUGGGUCCCAGAUUUACACGCUGGCCCAUGUGGGAGUACAAUAACGAGAUCUACAUCACCCUCCUCAUCCUCUUCAACAUCUCCUCUCUGGUCAUCAUGUACUCCACCACCUUGCUCAGUCUGGACUAUUACAUUGAGCGGGCUCUUCCACGCACCUACAUGUCCAGUGUUUACAACACCAAGCACGUUUGCGGCUUCAUUUGGGGUGGCGCUGUCCUUACCAGCUUCUCUUCGCUGCUCUUCUACGUGUGUAACCACGUGUCCACCAAGAUCAUUGAGUGCUCCAAGAUGCAGAAUAAGGAGGCUGCUGAUGCCAUAAUGAUGUUCAUUGGGUACGUGGUCCCAGCGGUGGCCGUGCUUUACGCGUUUGUGUUGAUCCUACGCAUCAGGAAGGAGUCCACCCCUUUGGACCAGGACUCUGGGAGGCUAGACCCCUCGAUUCACCGACUUCUCUUGGCAUCUGUUUGUAUGCAGUUCUUGCUCUGGACUCCAUAUUACAUGACCUUACUGGUGCACAUGGUGGCUGGAGCUCCUGGGAGCCAUUCCACCCGGCAGCAUGUCACCAUGUACUCCUUUCUGAGAUGCAUAUCUGAGUUGCUCGCAUUCUGCAGUAGCUUUGCCAUUCCCCUCAUGUACAGGCAAAUGAACAAGAACUUCUCAGUUAAACUCCAGCGGCUUCUAAAGAGUCUGCACUGCAGGGACCAGUCAUGUCCUCAUGAACACUCGGCAGUACAACAGGUGGUUACAUGAGGGCUUCUGUCCAAUCAGACCUGCCUCUCCCUCACUGGCACUUACUACAAAAGCCACAGAAGUCUAGCUAGUGCAUUAACCUGGAUAUAUUGUGUGCUGAAAGGAAGUAUUUUCCUCACCACAAGGAGUGGAAUGUGUCUCAGUGAAUUUGUGGAACCUCCAUGACACUUAAUGACUUAACAUUAUUUGUCCAUCUCUGUGGUGAAUGGGCGACAGAGAAGAAACCACUAAGUGCUGUUUUCUUGUAAGCUACAUCUAUUCUCUGGAACUGGCUUCUUGGGCCUGGGGAAAAUCUCAACCCAUCUAAUGACCCUUUCGGUAAAGGGGGAAUAGUGAAUUUGUGUAAUGUGUGUAAUCUGUUACAGGAUAUGCUGCAUAGCCUUCUAAUGUAAUGCUUUUAGACUAACCUGUUCCCAUUUAGCUCAAGGCCAUGUCUUGCCCCAGACUUUCUGUUUGUGAUCCACGACACAUAAGCUCUUCAGUCUGGAUUUCGUUUUCUGGUCUCACUUUCCAUAAAACCUCACUGGCUAGAUUGUAGACGCUAGUAAACGCAAUGUAAUUACCUCAAUUUCACACACCAAUGGGCAUUACAUUGGAACAAUGUAACCAACUUUUACAGCACCCAGAAAUAACUCAAUGAGGCUGAUAUCAGGUAGCGGGAAAGAUGUGUGUAUGUGUAUCAGUGGUUGUGUGUGUUUGUAUGUGUGUGUUCUUGAGUGCUUGCUGCUAAGAUUAUGUGCAACAUAAAUGCACAGCUGCUCAGCCAUAUUAUUACCAACAAAGAGAAUCUAAAAUAGAAAAAUCUGUAUAGCUCACUGAGAAAAGCUAUUGGAAUGAUCCACCAGACAAUGGAUCAUAGUUUUUUUGUCAGCUAGUUAGAGAUGUAAUUGCCUUUAUACAAUAACUUUUCAAUCAUUAGACUAUUGCUACUGUAACCAUUAUCUGUGCACCAUGACAAAAUAGUUAAUAAUUCCAGAACAUUUUGUGCCCAGUUAAUCAUUAUUUGAAUAGUGAUCAAAGUUCUUUUGAUACGGUCAAACAUAUUUGAAAGCAAGCCAGAUAUUCAAUUAGAUUUGCAUGAACAGUUGCUUAAACUUGUACUAAAACAUACGGUUAAUGAUUUCUGCAAGUAGUGAUCAGACUUUAAGCAGAUUUUAACAGCUGAAAUCACAUUGGGAUAACAUUUUAUUCAAGUUCAGAAGAAAUAGUCUUUAUUAAAAUUUGUUUGCAUGAUUGAUUUCAUUGUAUGCAUAUACUGUAUAGAGAUAUCCAUAAAUGCUCUCAAAAUGGGGGGAAAAAUCAUAGACAUUUCAGGAAAGAAAUACAAGGAAUCGCACCGAUGAAGCUAGUAAAAUGGUGUCUUUAUCGAAAAUGUCUUUACACUUUUUUUCUUGGUGAUGAGCCAGCGAAUGCGAAAUUAGUAUAUAUUGGAGAGAAAGCACUGUAUGUGAAUGGAAGAUUUCAAGUCCCAUUUAAAUCCACUUAUGUAAGCAAGGGUCAGAAUGUAUUUAAAUUCAUGAAGGGGAAUAAAAACAGUGAACCCUCAAUCAUAAAACAUGAAAACAGCAAUUGCAAUAUUACAGCUGUUGUAAGCUUGGUAAUGCCAGUAUGUAUAAUAUUAAGAAUGUGUAUAUAUUGUACUUCAGAGAUUUACUGUAAAGAAAAAGAAACAGAUAUGCCAUUUUAGAUUACAGUGUUAUUUUUUCAGAGAUUUAUUUACAUACUAAAGUGUCAGUCAUCCUCUGUCCUAUACUGCGUCAAAGACUUCAAUAAACUAAC